UGUGAAGGGGGAAGUGGGGCAUCCUUCCUGGAAGAAUGUACAGAACCUGCGGCUCUGGGACUAAAUGGGCACAGGCCUGGUUCUGGGGCGUCUCAGCCAGCCGCCCAGCCUCUGCCCCUUGGAGCCCUCCAUUUCCUGACCAGAUCUAGGAACAGAAGCCGAACAAGGAAGCAGCCGCACAAAGAAAAACAGAAGUGGGAGCGGGGGGCCCGGCCUCCCCGGGAGGAGGACAGAAGCCGUGGGUCCAGCAGGCAGCCGGGCGCCGCUGCCCGCGACCUCAGAGGCACAGAGAUGACCCCGCUGGGCCCGGCGUCCGGGCUGCCCGCAGCCCUGCUGCUGCUCUGGGUCCCAGGCUGUUUGUCUCUGAGCGGCCCCAGGCGUGUGACGGGCACCGUGGGGGGAUCGCUGAGCGUGCAGUGUCGGUACGAGGAGAAGUACAAAGACCAUAACAAAUACUGGUGCGAAGAGCCAUGUACCAUAUUCCAGAGGACGAAGAUUGUGGAGACCACGGAGUCAGAGAGAGAAGUGAGGAGCGACCGCGUGUCCAUCAGGGACCAUCCAGCAAACCUCACCUUCACAGUGACCUUGGAGAGCCUCAUGGAGGGCGAUGAAGGCAGAUACUGGUGUGGGAUCGAGAGAACAUUCGCUUUAGACCUCACCGUCCUGGUUGUGGUGUCUGUGUCCCCAGGUGAGCCGUACACCCCCUCCCCUCCACCAAUCUUCACGACAACUGCAACCACAAAUACCCCUGCAGCCACGCCCUCCGCAGUCACAGCCGGGACCCAGACUGUGCCCACAGCCCCGGCAGGGAACAGCACCGUCACCCCCAGCAGGAACAGCCAGGACAGCACCGCGCUGCCGCGGGACCCGGGCCCGGGCCACGGGCUCCCGGUGCUGCUAGUCUUGUUGGCGCUUCUGCUGCUGUUCCUGCUGGGGGCCUCGCUGCUGGCCUGGAGGAUGGCGCGGCGGCGGCGGGUCAAAGCUGGUGGGAAUCCGGAGCCCCUGCAGAACCCCUGUCAGGCCGCCCUGCAGAGUGAGCCCUGCUAUGCCAACCUGGAGCUGCAGACGAGGCCCCUGCAGGGAGAGCCCGAGCACCCGCGGCAGGAGGAGGAGGGGGAAUACAGCCUGGUGCAGGCCCCCAGGGAGGACCUGCACUACUCCACGGUGGUGUUCACUGCCCAGGACUGUGACCCUGAGGACCAGAGUCCCUCCCAGAGGCCCCCGAAGCAGGAGCCCGAGUACAGCGUGAUUAGGAAGACGUAGUGCCUCCGCUCCCCACCUGGAGGUCUCUGUGGGGAGCCCAGGGCCACCCCCCGUCCCCCACGUGCCCCUCAGCCUGCUCCCCUCCCACAAGGCGGCUGCAGACUGUCCCUCUGGCCUGGGGCCUGCAGGAACCCUCCCACGGCCGGCUCUGUCACACCUUCCCCCCGUUCCUCCGCCUCCUCCAGCGGUGUGAUGCACUCAGCCCCAUGGGAUCAGGACAAGGAGGCGCACACACACCGUUCCUCCGAGGAGCUUGUAAGGCCACGCAAG